ACCACUACUCGCUGGGAGAGUUCUCAUUCCUCUUCCUGGAUUACCAGUGGGCUGCAGCCCUCUCCAACCUCUCCUUCUCACCCACUCGCUCUCUCUCUCCCACACACGUUCGCUCCAGUCUCCUCCUCCUCCGUGUCUCCCUCCUUCAUUCCGCUGCUCUUCCCGGCGUGGCGAUGUGUACCGUGGGCUUCGCUCGCUCCCUGGGCUUCGCCCUGCUGCCUCUGGCACUGGGCUGCAUCGUGGCUAACCUGCUGCUGUUCUUCCCUGGAGGGGAGGUCUCCUACCUGCAGCAGCAACAUCUGUCCAAGUUCACCUGGUUCUUCAUGGGCAUCGGAGGAGGAGGCGUGCUGAUGUUCCUGCCUGCAGGAGUCUUCAUCAGCCUGGGGAAGUGCACUGGGUGUUGCUGGAACGAGAGCUUCAUGAUGUGUGGUGCGGUCAUGGCUUCCCUGGUGGGGCUGGCAGGUUCUGGGUACUGUUUUGUGAUCUCUGCCAUGGCCAUGUUAGAGGGACCCUACUGUUAUACUGACCUCGGAUGGACGUACCCCUUCUCUAACGGAGGGGGCAGCUACCUGCGGGAGACGGACUUGUGGCGCAAGUGCCUGACGCCGCAGCACAUCGUGGAGUGGAAUGUGACCCUGCUGUCCGUCUUGCUGGGUUUGAGCGCUCUACAGUUCAUCAUCUGCAUCCUGCAAAUCUUCAACGGGCUGGUCACUGCGGUCUGCAGGCCCUGCUGCUACAAGCAGGAGUACAGCCUCAACGCCUGAACACACACACACAGAAAGAGAAACUACCGCCUACACACACACUUACAGUACAUUUAGUCAUUUAGCAGACACUCUUAUCCAGAGCGACUUACACAGUACAGGGACAUUCUCCCCGAGGCAAGUAGGGUGAAGUGCCUUGCCCAAGGACACAACGUCAAAUUGCACAGCCGGGAAUCGAACCGGCAACCUUCUGAUUAAUAGUCCGACUCCCUAACCGCUCAGCCAUCUGACCCCCAUACAUACACUCACAUGAAAACACUAACAGGUUAACUACAUACAGGAGAGUGGUACACAAACAUAAACAUUCACAGCAUGCCUGGGACAUGUCUUCUAGCCACUGGGAAACAUUUAAACAUGUCCUAAAUAUUUAGAUCAAUGUACAGUCCCUCGGUAUUAUUAACAUGACGUGCAUUUCUGAUCAUUUUUCUUCAACUCCUUUCAUAGAGGUCCAUUCUGUGCCUUCACCUUCUCUCCUUUCCUUCACCUUCCCUCACAUGCUGAAGGAAGGUGAAGGUCAGAGACCUGUGAAGAUGAAAAAGAGGGGAAGAGGAGAGUGAGCUCUUGUACACUAUUGAGAUGCACCCUGCCAGUGCUGCCUCCUAUCAACAGGUGAUUUACUGCCCCUGUCACUCACUAGUGAUAAAAAGAGUGAUUUUUCAAACCAGCUUCGCCUCAUCCUUGUAUGAGACAGAUGUCUGUAUAAGGUUCCUUACCACAAGCAGUAUUCAUUUAAGAAAAUGUCAGCGGUAGGAUCAUAAAUGCUCCUGAUAUGGUGUGUGUGUAUUGUGGAACUAUAUUCGGAACUGUUUGAUGUCGACAUUUGAGGCACAAAAGUAUUUUUGUAUGAGUGUUGUCUUUUAUAUGGACUAUUUUCAUUUUUCUGUAAAAUGUUUUGUAAAUUAUUUGGUCUUGCAGAUGCUAGAUGAAUUUAAAGGCUAUUUUAUAUAUUAGUGUGUGUGUAAUAUUUUUAUAAUGUUUGUGCAGCCGUAAAUGAAUAAAUAUUUUCCAUUUCAAAAGUG